CACCACCGCCACCGUCACGCCCCCUGACCCCCUCCCCUCUCAACGGCUCCAUCGUCCCCAAUGGCAGCCCGGCGGCCAGCAGCACUUUGUCCGUCCAGGCAGCGCCGUCCUCCAGCUUCGCCGCCGCCCUGCGCAAGCUCGCCAAGCAAGCUGAGGAGCCCAGAGGCUCCUCGAUAAGCAGCGAGUCGUCGCCUGUCUCCUCACCAGCCACCAACCACAGCUCACCUGCCAGCACGCCCAAACGUGGCCCCAUGGGCCCCAUCAUUGUGCCCCCGGGGGGGCACAGCGUGCCCAGCACACCACCUGUCGUCACCAUCGCCCCCACCAAGACGGUCAACGGGGUGUGGAGGAGCGAGGGCAGGCAGCAAGAAGCGGGGUCACGAGGCAGCAGCAGCAGCAGCCGCGAGCGGCUCAUCUCUGAGCCCCCUCUGACACAGGAGAAAGCGGGGGGUCCCACGGUCCCAACGCACCUCCUGGGCACUCCGUACUCCUUCGGGCUGCCCCCCAGCUCUGUGGUCCAGGACUCCCGCUUCCCACCUCUCAACCUGCAGCGUCCCGUGCACCACGUGGUGCCACCCAGUGCUGUCACUGAGGAUUACCUGCGCAGCUUUCGGCCCUACCACACAGCUGAGGACCUCCGCAUGUCCUCACUGCCACCUCUUGGCUUGGACCCGGCUGCAGCUGCUGCGUAUUACCACCCCAGCUACCUGACACACCACCCCUUCCCUCACCCUGCCUUCAGGAUGGACGACUCCUACUGCCUCUCAGCACUGCGGUCCCCCUUCUACCCACUGCCGGCCCCAGGCUCGCUGCCCCCCCUGCACCCCUCUGCCAUGCACCUGCACCUGUCAGGUGUGAGGUACCCUGCUGAGCUCUCGCACUCCUCGCUCUCUGCACUGCAAUCGGAGCGCAUCUCCAGCCUGGCUGCUGAGAGGUUGCAAAUGGAUGAGGAGCUGCGGCAGAGGGAAAGGGAACGCGAGAGGGAACGGGAGAAGGAACGGGAGAGGGAAGCAGACCGGGAGAGGGAAAAGGAACGGGAACGGGAACGGGAGCGUGAGAAGGAGCUGGAGAGGGAGCGUGAGAAGGAGCGUGAGCGGGAGCUGGAGAGGCAGCGGGAGCGUGCCAGGGAGAAGGAGCUGAGCAUGGUGAAAGCCAUGGAGAGCCCCUUCCUGCCUGUGGCCGAGCUGCAUGCCCUGCGGGGGCACCCGGCUGAGGAGCGCAGCAAGCUGCCGGAGCCCAGCAGAGCAGAGAAACUGAAGGACUCAGUGCUGCCCACGCCAAAGCCCCUCCAGCACCCGCUGCACCCGCCUCCCACCUCGCACCACCCCGUGCCCAGCCUCAUCCCCAACCACAACGUCUUCCCCCUGCCUGGCAGCAGCGCGGCCACGGCGUUGCUCAUCCACCGCACCAAUGAGGAGGAGAAGUGGCUGGCCCGGCAGCGCCGCCUGCGCCAGGAGAAGGAGGACCGCCAGUCCCAGGUGUCGGAGUUUCGCCAGCAGGUGCUGGAGCAGCACCUCGACAUGGGACGCACCCCGAGCCAGCCUGAGCCUGAGCACCGGCCUGACAACCCCAGGUCGGGACCAAGCCGCCAUGAACCGAGCAUCCGUGAGCCAGGCCAGCACUUCGGUGGUCCGCCGCCACUCAUCUCCCCCAAACCCCAGCACCACCCCAUCACCACAUCCCUCUGGAAUCCUGUCUCCCUGAUGGAGAGCUCCUCGGAGCCCCCCCGGCGCCUCCCUGAGCCUCACGUCCUCCACGGCCACCCGGCCCCCUUUGAGCCCAGCCGGCAGGGCAUCCCACUGGUGAAGGUGGAGAGAGUCUUCUGCCCCGAGAAGCUGGAAGACAGUGCAAGGAAAAGGGAUGCGCUGGAGAAAUACCCCCUGCCACGAGAGCCCAGCACUGCGGAGCACACAGGCUUCACCCACACACCAUUCCUAGCCGAGCUGGAGAAAUCCACGCAAAGCAUCCUGAGCCAGCAGAGACCCUCGGCCACCCCUUUUGGGGAGGUGACCAAGCCCAGCUCGCCCUACAGACCCCCCCAGCCCCGCGCCCAGGACCCCAUGUACAUCUAUGACGAGUUCGUGCAGCAGCACCGCAGGCUGGUCAGCAAACUGGACCUGGAGGAGCGCCGACGACGGGAAGCCCGGGAGAAAGGUUACUACUACGACCUGGAUGACUCCUGUGAUGAGAGUGACGAGGAGGAGGUGCGGGCACAUCUCCGGUGCGUGGCCGAGCAGCCCCCGCUGAAGCUGGACACAUCCUCUGAGAAGCUGGAGUUCCUGCAGCUCUUCGGCCUCACCACGCAGCAGCAGAAGGAGGAAUUACUGAGCCAGAAGCGGCGCAAGCGCCGGCGGAUGCUGCGGGAGCGCAGCCCCUCACCACCCACGGUGCAGAACAAGCGCCGCACGCCCUCCCCACGCCUCCCCCUCUCCACCCGCUACAGCCCCGACGAGAUGAACAACAGCCCCAACUUCGAGGAGAAGAAACGCUUCCUCACCAUCUUCAACCUCACGCACAUCAGCGCUGAAAAGAGGAAAGACAAGGAGAAGCUGGUGGAGAUGCUGCAGGCCAUGAAGCAGAAGCCCACGCCGGCUGCCGUGGUGGUGAAGAGCUCUCCACGGGACAGCCCCAGCGGCCCCGCUGCCGAGCCACCGCUGCUGCUGGACCCAGAUAAGCCCGUUGGCAUCGUAGCCUCGGUGCCCGAGGUGCAGAAGCCGUCAGAGCCGGGCAGAGUGGAGCCUUUGAGAACUGCAGAGCUGCCCAGGGUGAAGGAGCCGGCUGAGAAGCCCCGGCUGAGCGAUGGGCACUCGGGGAAGAAGGCACUGAGCAUCCUCAGCUAUGUCAGGGGCCCUCUGCCCAAGGACGUCCCUGUGCCGCUGUCCCACAGCAUGAAUGGCAAAAGCAAGCCUUGGGAGCCUUUUAUUGCUGAGGAGUUUGCCCACCAGUUCCACGAGUCCGUGCUGCAGUCCACGCAGAAGGCGUUGCAAAAGCACAAAGGGGGGACGGCGGAGCAGAACCACAAACUGGACGCCUCCAUCCACUACAACAUCCCUGAGCUUCAGGCCUCCAGCCGCCCGCCUGCCCCACACAACGGCACGGCCGAGGGGCACCGGGCGCUCGCCCCACCGCUGCCACGGGACCGCCGUGACUCGGCCUCUGAGGAUGAGGAGGAGGAAGAUGAGGAGGAGGAUGAGGAGGAGUGCCCCAGGCCCAAGUGGCAAGGGAUCGAGGCAAUUUUUGAAGCUUACCAGGAACAUAUAGAAGAACAAAACCUGGAGCGCCAAGUGCUGCAGACACAGUGCCGGCGGCUGGAGGCCCAGCACUACAGCCUGAGCCUGACGGCAGAGCAGCUUUCGCACAGCAUGGCGGAAUUAAGGUCCCAGAAGCAGAAGAUUGUCUCAGAACGAGAGAGACUGCAAGCAGAGCUGGAUCACCUGCGGAAGUGCCUUGCCUUGCCUGCAAUGCAGUGGUCUAGGGGUUAUUUCAAGGGGUAUCCCAGGUGACCCUCCUUGGGCUAGGCCGAACAUAUAGUCUAGAAAUAAUAAUCUAUUUUAUUACCUUGAAUAUUUAAUAUUUUUCACUGGGAGGUUUGAAGCUACAAAAAAAAAAUUAAAU